UAGGUUUUCUCUCUUCAACAGAGAUGCCUCUGACUCCCGGUUCGAGUGUUCCCGUCAGGGAUAUUACCGGGACCCUGCUGAUUGCUCCCAGUUUUACCGGUGCGUCAAGUUCAACCAGUAUAUCGACGACUUCACCGUGUUCGAGUACUCCUGCCCGAAUGGUCUUGUGUUCGAUGAUCGCUGGGAGAUCUGUGCCUGGCCCUCAGCAGCACCUCCCUGCGAUGGCUCCUCUGAGAUCUUCCCUGUACCCAGCAGGAAGUUCGUAUGUCCAGGUGAAGGAUACUUCACAGACCCGGAGAACUGUCGUUGGUUCUUCGCCUGCAGAGACUACUAUGGCAAUGGCACUUAUACGCAGUAUGAAUUUAGGUGCCCAUUCGGUCUUGCUUAUGACGAAGCUAAUGGGAUUUGUAACUGGCCUUGGCUGGUGGGGUCAUGUGGACUGAGCGGUGAAGCUCGGGGAAGGUAUGAUGGUGUAGCUGCUGGUGCUGUUCCUGUCCGUGUGGACUCAAUAGCUGGAGGAGGGUUCGGCAGAGGUAAGACCAUCGUCAGUGGUGGUGUAGCGCCUCAAACUCUUCAAGAGAGGAACAAGGAAAGCUGCAUAGACUGCAGUAGCUCUGUCGAAAUGUCAAUUGGAGGCAAGGGCGUGUACGACGUGGACAAAGGUAUCAUCGUCUCUGCUGAACUAAGUAACGAGAGACUCUCCUACAGAGAGUACAAGUCAUCUGAACAGUCAACAUUCUCUGGCACCAAAUCAAGAGGACAUUCUCGUGGGCGAGGGAAACAGAGUGGCAGCAGUGGUGCUACUAACACACAUGGCUUAGCUUCACCUCAGUUUGGUGGCCGUGGAGCUUCCUCAGACGAUCAAGCUGCUCAGGGCCACGAUUACUCACAAACCUUACAAGCUUCAGCUGCCUCUAUCUCCAGCAGUGGACGUUACAGCGGCCAAGGAACACCAGUAACCACCGCACCUGCUUAUAAGUACAGUGCUCCAAGUGCUGAUGUUCUUCCCGGCUCACCAGCGCCAGCCAUCUCUGGAUACGAUUACUCGAAACCACAGCAGUCUCUCCGUCCCUCAUCUCGUCGUCCUGCAUCUUCCCGUCGUCCUGCAUCUUCCCGUCGUCCCGCAUCUUCCCGUCGUCCCUUCACUUCACAGACAGAUUCACCGUCGUCAAUCGCUGCUGCCGCACCUGCUGCUCCUUUCAGCCAUACUUCCAGACCUUCCUCUCGAAGACCAUCCAUUUCCUUCUCUCCAGAACCUGUAGCCCGACCCACGACUGGGAGCUCUGCUCCAGACUCAUCUCAAAGCUUGGGUACUUCUAGUACUGGUUACUCAUAUCCUCAGCCAAGCACUUCCCUCGAUUUAACACACUCCGUCUCCGUCUCAAGACCGUCACUAGUCACAUCAGCUCCAGCGGCAUUCCCUCCCAAGAUAUCUCACGCCCAGGCUUCUUCCUCAGGAUUCCAGGGCAGUUUCUCCUCAUCCAGUACGACAACUGGCGGCUUCGUUCCAGGCAUUUCUCAGCCCAGACCGACUGCCACUUCACAUUCCCACAGCGCAUUCCCUGAUGAGAGCUCUGACGAGUCCAAUGAAAUUGGCUAUAGCUUCCCACGACCAGGGUCUUCGGCCUCACCCUCACGCCCAACUUCCGGAGGCUUUACUUACACUUCUCCAUCAAACACAGUUAGGGCUGGGAGUUCAUCCAAUGGGGGACUGUCGAGGACAUCGUCUUCUUUCCCCGGAUCUUCGCCACGUCCCACAACACCAUCCUUCCCUCCUGGAUCACCGUCAAGUGAAGAGGAUUCAACCAGCGGAUACUCGUACCAGACUCCAGCUAACCCCUUCGCUCUUGUGACUCAACCAUCAGCCCAGUUGUCGCCGCGUCCAACCUCCGCUCCCACUUAUAGAACCCCAGCUCGCCCAACUCCAACCCCCAGGAUCAGGUCACAGCGUCCACCUGCGAGUACUGUCGCUAUCGGUUCAACCCCAGCUUCGCCUGAACCACCGAGGUUCAGGCCGACUCCGACACCCACUCAGGUCAAGCCUACCUCUGGGUAUGCCUACGAGGAGCCUUCUAGCCCAUUCGGUUCAACUUCUGGCUUUGCAGGCUCCUCUUUCAGCCAUAUAUCUGGCUCUUCUAGUCUUGCACCUGGUUCAGCUGGCCUCUCAGCUGGUCUCUCAGAUGGUUCACUGGGGCACUUCUCUGGUUCCUCAAUCCCCUCUUCUGGCCAAGCUUCUGGUUCCACGGACUAUUUUUCUUCUGGAACGUUAGGGCUCUCUGCUGGUUCUUCAGGACUGUCAGCUGGUUCUUCAGGACUGCCAUCUGGUUCUUCAGGAUUGUCAGCUGGUUCUUCAGGAUUGUCAGCUGGUUCUUCAGGAUUGUCAGCUGGUUCUUCAGGACUGUCAGCUGGUUCUUCAGGACUGCCAUCUGGUUCUUCAGGAUUGUCAGCUGGUUCUUCUGGAUUGUCAGCUGGUUCUUCAGGACUGUCAGCUGGUUUUUCAGGCCAUUUCUCUUCUGGUUCUUCAAGACUGUCAGGUGGUUCUUCAGGACUGUCAGCUGGUUCUUCAGGCCAUUUCUCUUCAGGACUGUCAGCUGGUUCUUCAGGCCGUUUCUCUUCAGGACUGUCAGCUGGUUCUUCAGGCCAUUUCUCUUCAGGACUGUCAGCUGGUUCUUCAGGCCGUUUCUCUUCUGGCUCUUCAAAACUGUCAGCUGGUUCUUUAGGUCACUCAGUUGGUUCUUCAGGCGUCUCAGCUGGUGCUGCCCACUUUUCUUCAGCUUCCACAAGCCAGGUCUCCGGGUCUUCGGGUUCUCCGGCCUCCGGGUACCUGUAUGAACCUCCGGAAGGAGGCAAAGCCUUCAACCCCUUCAGUCCGGAGGCUUCUGGAAGCUCUGGCAGCAGCAUCCAGUCCCUCGGAGGCCGCCACACCACCAAGGUCAGAGGAUCGAAAGCUGACGGAUCAGAUAGUGCUGCCGCUAGUGGAUCACGUGACACCUUUGGUAUUAGCAGUGGAUCAGCAGGGAGCGGUGGAUCAGGAGGAAGAGGAUCAAGUGUCAGCAGUGGCUCACGAGGUACAAGUGGAGUGAGCCACUUUGGCAUUAGUGGUGGAUCAGGUGGCUCUGGAGGCAGUGGAUCAGACGACAGCAGUGAAUAUGGAACCACUGGUGAAUCAGGGGACAGUGGAUCAAGUGGCACAAGUGGAGUAUUUGGAAGCAGUGGAUCACGAGGUACAAGUGGAGUGAGCCACUUCAGUAUUGGUGGUGGAUCAGGAAGCGGAUCAGUUGACAGCAGUGGUGCUUCUGGAAGCACUGGAACAGGUGGAAGUGAUGGAAGAAGUAGUGGAUCACGAGGUCGUGGUGGAUCAAGUGGUAGCAGUGGUGGAUCACGAGUUCGUGGUGGAUCAAGUGGUAGCAGUGGUGGAUAUGGAGGCAGUGGUGGAUCAAGAAGCAGUGGUGGAUCAAGAAGCAGUGGUGGAUCAGGUGAUCUUGGUGGAUCAGGAAGCAGUGGUGGAUCAAGUGGAGGUGAAUAUAGGGGAAGUACUGGAACUAGAUUUACCAGUGGAUCAAGUGGAAGCAGUGAUGGAUCCCUAGGUCGUGGUGGAUCAAGUGGAAACAGUGGUGGAUCCCAAGGUCGUGGUGGAUCAAGUGGCAGCAGUGGAUCACGAGGAACUGCUAGUGGAGUGAGCCACUUUAAUAUUGGUGGUGGAUCAGGACACAGUGGUGGAUCAGGUGGUCUUGGUGGAUCAGGAAGCAGUGGUGGAUCAAGUGUAGGUGAAUAUAGAGGAAGUACUGGAACUGGAUUUACCAGUGGAUCAAGUGGAAGCAGUGGUGGAUCCCGAGGCCGUGGUGGAUCAGGUGGUCUUGGUGGAUCAGGUGGUCUUGGUGGAUCAGGUGGUCUUGGUGGAUCAGGUGGUCUUGGUGGAUCAGGUGGUCAUGGUGGAUAUGGAGGAAGUGGAUCAGUUGACAGCAGUGGUGGAUUUGGAGUGUCUUCUAGUGGAGUGAGCCACUUUGGUGGAUCAGGGAUCAGUGGAUCAAGUGGCAUCAGUGGAGGAUUUGGAAGCAGUGGAUCACAAGGUGCAAGUGGAGUGAGCCACUUCAGUAUUGGUGGUGGAUCAGGAAGCGGAUCACUUGACAGCAGUGGUGCCUCUGGAAGCAUUGGAUCAGGUGGAAGUGAUGGAAGCAGUAGUGGAUCACGAGGUCGUGGUGGAUCAAGUGGUAGCAGCGGUGGAUAUGAAGGCAGUGAUGGAUCAGGUGGACGUGGUGGAUCAGGAAGCAGUGGUGGGUCCCGAGGUCGUGGUGGAUCAAGUGGCAGCAGUGGAUCACGAGGAACUGCUAGUGGAGUGAGCCACUUUAGUAUAGGUGGUGGAUCAGGCGGCAGUGGUGGAUCAGGUGGCUUUGGUGAAUCAGGAAGCAGUGGUGGAUCAGGAGGUAGUGGUGGAUAUGGAGGCGGUGGUGGAUCAGGUGGUAGUGGUGGAUCAGGAGGCGGAGAUGGAUUAGGUGGUCUUGGUGGAUCAGUUGGUCUUGGUGGAUAUGGAGCCAGUGGAUCAGUUGACAGCAGUGGUGGAUUUGGAGUUUCUUCUAGUGGAGUGAGCCACUUUGGUGGAUCAGGGAUCAGUGGAUCAAGUGGCAGCAGUGGUACCUUUGGAAGCAGUGGAUCACGAGGAACGUCAAGUGGAGUGAGCCACUUUGGCACUAGUGGUGGAUCAGGAGGGAGUGGUGGAUUAACAGGAACUGGUGGAUCAGCAGGAAGCAGUGGAUCAGGUGGAAGGGGUUCCAGUGGAGUAAGCCACUUUAGCAUAGGUAGUGGAUCAGGUGGAUCUGGUGGCAGUGGAUCAGACGACAGCAGUGAAUAUGGAACCACUGGUGGAUCAGGGGUAAGUGGAUCAAGUGGCACCAGUGGAGGAUUUGGAAGCAGUGGAUCACGAAGUACAAGUGGAGUGAGCCACUUCAGUAUUGGUGGUGGAUCAGGAAGCGGAUCACUUGAGAGCAGUGGUGCCUCUGGAAGCACUAGAUCAGGUGGAACUGGUGGAAGCAGUAGUGGAUCACGAGGUCGUGGUGGAUCACGAGUUCGUGGUGGAUCAAAUGGUCUUGGUGGAUCAGGAAGCAGUGGUGGAUAUGGAGGCAGUGGUGGAUCAGGUGGUCUUGGUGGAUCAGGUGGUCUUGGUGGAUCAGGUGGUCUUGGUGGAUCAGGUGGUCUUGGUGGAUCAGGAAGCAGUGGUGGAUCAAGUGGAGGUGAAUAUAGAGGAAGUACUGGAUCUGGAUUUACUAGUGGAUCAAGUGGAAGCAGUGGUGGAUCCCUAGGUAGUGGUGGAUCAAGUGGAAACAGUGGUGGAUUCCGAGGUCGUGGUGGAUCAAGUGGAAGUAGUGGAUCACGAGGAGCUGCUAGUGGAGUGAGCCACUUUAGUAUUGGUGGUGGAUCAGGAGUCAGUGGUGGAUCAGGUGGCUUUGGUGAAUCAGUUGGUCUUGGUGGAUUUGGAAGCAGUGGUGGAUCAGGAACUGCUAGUGGAGUGAGUCACUUUACCGUUGGUAGUGGAUCAGGUGCUCUUGGUGGAUCAGGAAGCAGUGGUGGAUCACGAGCUCGUGGUGGAUCAAGUGGAAGCAGUGGUGGAUCAGGAGGCAGCGGUGGAUCAGGUGGUUUUGUUGGAUCAGGUGGUCAAGGUGGGUAUGGAGGAAGUGGAUCAAUUGACAGCAGUGAUGGAUUUGGAGUGUCUUCUAAUGGAGUGAGCCACUUUGGUGGAUCAGGGAUCAGUGGAUCAAGUGGCACCAGUGGAGGAUUUGGAAGCAGUGGAUCACGAGGUACAAGUGGAGUGACCCACUUUGGAAUUAGUGGUGGAUCAGCGGGUAGUGGUGGAUCAGCAGGAGUUGGUGGAUCAGCGGGGAGCGGUUUUAGUGGAGUGAGCCACUUUAGCAUAGGUGGUGGAUCAGGUGGAUCUGGCGGCAGUCGAUCGGACGACAGCAGUGAAAAUGGAAGUUCUGGUGGAUCAGGGAUAAGUGGAUCAAGUGGCAUUAGUGGAGGAUUUGGAAGCAGUGGAUCACUAGGUACAAGUGGAGUGAGCCACUUUAGUGUUAGUGGUGGAUCAAGUGGCAGCGGUGGAUCACGAGGAACUGCUAGUGGAGCGAGUCACUUUACCGUUGGUGGUGGAUCAGGUGGUCUUGGUGGAUCAGGAAGCAGUGGUGGAUCACGAGCUCGUGGUGGAUCAAGUGGAAGCAGUGGUGGAUAUGGAGGCAGUGGUGGAUCAGUAGGUCUUGAUGGAUCAGGAAUCAGUGGUGGAUCAGUAGGUCUUGAUGGAUCAGGAAGCAGUGGUGGAUCAAGCGGAAGUAGUGGUGGAUCAAGUGGAAGCAGAGGUGGAUCCCGAGGUCGUGGUGAAUCAAGUGGCAGCGGUGGAUCACGAGGAACUGCUAGUGGAGUGAGCCACUUUAGUAUUGGUAGUGGAUCAGGAGGCAGUGGUGGAUCAGGUGGUCGUGGUGGAUCAGGAGGCAGUGGUGGAUCAAGUGGUCUUGGUGGAUCAGGAGGCAGUGGUGGAUCAAGUGGAGGUGAAUAUAGAGGAAGUACUGUAACUGGAUUUACCAGUGGAUCAAGUGGAAGCAGUGGGAGAUCCCGAGGUCCUGGUGGAUCAAGUAGAAGCAGUGGGGGAUCCCGAGGUCCUGGUGGAUCAAGUGGAAGUAGUGGAGGAUCAAGUGGAAUCAGUGGAUCACGAGGUACAAGUGGACUGAGUCACUUUGGUGUUAGUGAUGGAUCAAGUGGUCACGGUGGAUCAGCGGGCAGCAGUGCUCCUAGUGGAGUGAGCCACUUUAGCAUUGGCGGUGGAUCAGGAGGCAGUGGAUCAAGUGGCAGCAGUGGUAGAUCAGGUGGUCAUGGUGGAUCAGGUAGUUUUGGUGGAUCAGGUGGUCAUGGUGAAUCAGAAGGUUUUGGGGGACUUGGCAGUGUUAGUGGAUCAGGAGGUAGAAGUGGAUAUGGAGGUGUUGGUGGAUCAGGAGGUGUUGGUGGAUCAGGAGGUGUUGGUGGAUCAGGAGGUGUUGGUGGAUCAGGAGGUGUUGGUGGAUCAGGAGGUGUUGGUGGAUCAGGAGGUGUUGGUGGAUCAGGAGGUGUUGGUGGAUCAGGAGGUGUUGGUGGAUCAGGAGGUUUUGGUGGAUCAGGUGUUGGUGGAUCAGAUGUUGGUGGAUCAGGAGGCAGAGGUGGAUACGGAGGCGUUAGUGGAUCAGGAGGGAGGGGUGGAUCAGGUGUUGGUGGAUCAGGAAGCAGAGGUGGAUCAGGAGGUAUUGGUAGAUCAGGAAGCAGAGGUGGAUCAGGAGGCAGAGGUAGGUCAGGAAUUGCUGGUGGAUCAGGAAGCAGCAACGCUGCUAGUGUGAAUCACUUUACCGUCAACACUGGAUCAGCUACUGGUGGAUCAGCAGGAACAAGUGGAUUUGGUAAUUCUGGAUCAGAUGGUCGUGGUGGAUCAGGAGGAAGUGGUGGAUUUGAGGGCAGUGGAUCAGGUGGUGGAUUAGGGGGAUAUGGCGGCAGUGGAUCAAGUGGUGGGUCAGGUGGAUUUGGUGGCAGUGGAUCAAGUGGAUUUGGUGGCAGUGGAUUAGGUGGUAGUGGUGGCAGUGGAUUAGGUGGUAGUGGUAGAUUUAGUGGCAGUGGAUCAGGUGGUAGUGGUGGAUUUGGUGGCAGUGGAUUAGGUAGUGGAUCAGGUGGAUAUGGCGGCAGUGGAUCAGGUGGUAGUGGUGGAUUUGGUGGCAGUGGAUCAGAUGGUAGUGGAGGAUUUGGUGGUAGUGGAUUAGGUAGUGGAUCAGGUGGAUAUGGCGGCAGUGGAUCAGGUGGUAGUGGUGGAUUUGGUGGGAGUGGAUCAGAUGGUAGUGGUGGAUUUGGUGGCAGUGGAUUAGGUAGUGGAUCAGGUGGAUAUGGCGGCAGUGGAUCAGGUGGUAGUGGUGGAUUUGGUGGCAGUGGCUCAGAUGGUAGUGGUGGAUUUGGUGGCAGUAGAUCAGAUGGUAGUGGUGGAUUUGGUGGCAGUGGAUCAGGUGGUAGUGGUGGAUUAGGUGGUAGUGGUGGAUUUGGUGGUAGUGGAUCAGGUGGUAGGGGAGGAUCAGCUGGACGAGGUAAACCCGGCAGCCAUGGAGGCGUGGGUGGUGCUAGUGACGUGGGUAGUGCUGGAGGCUUCGGUGGUGUUGGAGGCGUGGGUGGUUUUGGAGGCGUGGGUGGCUUUGGAGGCGUGGGUGGUUUUGGAGGCUUGGGUGGUUCUGGAGGUGUGGGUCCUGACGGCCCCAGCGGUUCUUAUCCUUCAGGCUCUGGCGGGACGUCUUCAGGAAGAACCACCGGUUCUGGAGGCUCGGGCGGGAGGUCUUCAGGUAAAACCACCGGAGCUGGAGGCUCUUCGGGAAGAACGAGUGGUGUUACAGGUAGCAGGAAGACCACCGUGACGGGGGGACCUUCCCUGGUGACCAAACUCACCCCGGCCAGCAAGUUCCAGCGCUUCGGUCCCGGCGGACGACGUGACUUCGAUGACUCUCUGGGCCCCGAGGUAUGCGAAAGAGCAGGGCUCUUCCGUCACCCAGAUACCUGUGAUAAGUUCUACGAGUGUUACUGGGACAGGUGGGUGGAACGCUUCACUCUACACGUCUUUGACUGUCCCAUCACCAUAGUCUACGAUUCCGGCAUCACCGCCUGCAACUGGCCUUUCAAUGGACCUCCUUGUACGGACACGAACACCAUUUAAGUACACACGUCUCUCAACUCAGCCAUAUUCCCCUAAACAGAAAACUGGCUCGCAUAUUUAGCCAUCAAUUGGCCUAAAAUAUAUAUAUAACUAGUGCUCUCACACUAUUCUCUCUACCACUGAGCUAUAGGCCGGCCUCUCGUCCCAUUAUUCUGAUAAUAUAACAAGAAGAGUACAGUAUUAUACCAUGUAAGUGAAUGCGCUUACUCUGGUCUCCCAUAAUUCUCUGUCUACUAAAACAAAUGCCCAUCUCCAUGUAGUAUUUAUCGGGAAUUAUUUAUUUGAGUAUUUAUUGAGUUCCACCCUCAGUGCCAUAAUUGGGUGGAUGUUCCAACAGCAGACUGGUGGCACUGUUGGGAGUGCAGGUGGCACUCUGUUGAGAGUGCAGAUGCCACCUCUAGACGAUUGUGCCAAAAAGUGAACUACUCUAAGGCAGGGGCGGCAGACAAGCCACCACCCACACAACACUGGGUGGCAGGGGUGGCAGACAAGCCACCACCCACCCAACACUGGGUGACAGGCAAGCCACCACCCACACAACACUGGGUGGCAGGCAAGCCACCACCCACAAACACUGUGUGGCAGGGGUGGCAGACAAGCCACCACCCACCCAACACUGGGU